GAAUGCGUAGCUACACGUGGGUAAUGGCGCUGAUCGCGUACAUGACGCUUUCCCUCUGUCUGUCGGUCGGUUGGUCUCUUCCGGCCAGCGCGAGUUCCAGUGGCUCGGGCGGUAACAGUAACGGGGGCAGCGAUCUCGACCUGGACGACCUAGCCCGUGAUCGCAAAUCGGGACAGGGGGAAAUCUCAACGUCCCAGUUUCAGCACAUGCUAGCCGUCCGAUCGCCAAAGUACAACUUCGGGCUCGGUAAACGGCGCUACAUCAUCGAGGACGUGCCCGGCGCAAAACGGUUACCCCAUUAUAACUUUGGCCUCGGAAAGCGCGGGAGCCCUCUGGGAGGCAGCGACUACGAGUACGAUGGGUUGAUGGGCAAUCAGCUCGGAUGGAACGAUAAUGACUACACCAAUCUGAUCACGAAGGAUGGCCAGUUCGAUUACGACGCAGAAAAGGACAAAGACGCUGCGAAACGAUCCGCCUCUGGUAAUGGUGCUGGUGCCGCAUAUCGCUACCAUUUCGGCUUGGGCAAGAGGCGCACCUACGACUUUGGUCUCGGUAAACGUUACUUCGACGCGGAAGACUUCAACAAGCGACUGCCGAACCGGUACAACUUUGGCCUCGGCAGGCGCUAAUUCAGAGUUUGCACCAUACACACCGACCGUGAGUCCGGAUCCGGUUCCGUUUCCGUUGCGUGGCCAGUGCAUCACAAAAUACACUACCAACCGUGCGCGAGUGUGAUUGGAAAUGAAUGCCCCCGCUCCCGUUAAGCUCCAGCACCCGGUGUACCAGCCAGACACGACCAUGCCCCGAGUUCGGACAGUUCUUUGGCGCUCUCCAGGACCGACGCAGCGCAGUGUAAAUUAUAUAUAAAGAAUAGCACAUACCCACUCACAGCACACACUCUCACACAUGGACUGGUCCAUGUAUCCCGUGGACAGUACGCUAACGUUACAUGCACCUUUGGCCCGGUGCCCCAAAAGCGCCCCCAGGAAUGUAACGAGUCGCUAAACUUAUCGAGAUAAAUGUAGCACGUAGUUGCAUGACCAACGAAUACAGCGUUCUUCAUGCAGGAUGUAUAACUGGCUAAUGGAAAAUACAAACAAACACUUCAAACAAUUAUUUACAUUGUUUUACAUCAAUUUCAACACGUCAAGAGUCCAGAGAAAUGGUAACAUGUAAGCGAUUAAAUAAAAACAAGCAACAAACACGCAGUGUAAAGCAUGUAUAAUGAAUCGGAAAUAAUAAAGAUGAUAAACAUGAACUACAAACUAUACAACCAGACCCUUAGAAGCUGCUAACGCUUUCUUUUCGAACUAUUAAUUCUCUGCAACUAUUAAUUUUCUAACGCAAGCAGUACCAACUGCGUCCUUCACACUCUGCGCAACGAUCCUUGAAAUGAUUGGCAGCUGGAAAGAAUAUUUGUACAGUAUACGGAGUGUUAAGCAAGGACUGAUGCAAGUUAACGAACCUUUCUAAAUAAAAACACAUUUCAAACGGUCCUUAUCAACAACUACAACAAAAAUCAUACAUAGAGAGGACAUUCUUUUCUUACGGGAUUCUUUUCUGUUCACACGACUUUAUCUUCAAAAGAUGAUGCAAAAAAAUAAACAAUAUCCAGAGAUGCGUACGAACAUGUUAAAAGUAAUGGAAUGGCAAACACAAUAAAAAAACUCAACUGGCUCAACCAAUUUAAAAAAAACCAUUAAACAUUGUUAACCUGCAGUGCAUACAUUUUUGUACUAGACUUAAGCUUCAUAUUCUCACUGUACUUCUUCUCAUGUGCAAUGUGUUGCUGCGUGUAAUAAAAUUAAAAGAAUUAAUUAAACAAACCCAUCAACUCUGCUGUAAAUAUGCAAAACUUCUGUGGCACAAAGGGCGCAGAGUUGCAGUGCAAUGAAAAACUAAACCAAAUGAUUACUAAAACUUCGUGCAAUGGUAAAUAAGCUACUACACUGAU